ACCAAAUUGCCUUCAAUCCCCCCCCAAAAAACUAUAAUUUGAUCUUUCAAUUUCAUAAGUUUGGACGUUCUUCGUACACGAGAGAAAGAGCAGCAGCUGUAGUAAGGAAGUACUAGUAGUUGAUCAAGGAAAAGAUAAAAAAAAAAGGUAUAUGUGAUGGAGAAUCAUAAUCUUUCCCCACCCCAUGUGGAUGCAUCUCGACCCUCCCUCGGAUUCCCCCUUGGCACCGCUCUCCUCUUGAUCAUCGUCUUCAGCUUGAGUGGCAUCUUCUCUUGUUGCUACCACUGGGACAAGCUCAGAUCACUCCGAGGAUCUUUCGCUCAUCCCCAUGUUGAUAUCGAAGCCUCCCCCUCCAAAUCCAACCCCCACUCGCCAGUAUUAAAGAAAAACCAAAGUCAGAGCUUCUCUGUGUUAAUGCCAGGAGAUGAGAUCCCAAAGUUCAUAGCAUUGCCAUGUCCAUGUGAACCUCCAAGGGUAGAUAAGGUUGAAGUGAAAGUGGAAAAGCCGCCCAAGCUGCCGCGUUUCCCAGUGCCAUUAUAUUAGCAAAUGCACAAUUUGUUGUACAUAUUGGGAUAUUACAUUUAAUUUUUUCUUGACUCCAGGGAAGGGCACAGGUGGAAUUAGUUUAGAGUUCACCAUUACAGUUUCUUGCCGAUGGGUUUUAUGUUUGAGAGGUUCAAGACCAAAGGGGUAAUGGACCUGCAAAUCACAGAGCAUGGUCAAAACAACAUUGAAGUUGGAUUAAGGAUGAAGCCAAGCCAUAGUAUAGUUUAGAAUAUGAUGUUAGGAUUUUGUUCCUUUUUCAUAUUUUUAUACUUGAAAAAUCAUCUUCAACUCACCAUACUCAUGAUUUUCAGUUCUUCAUAA